UCAGAAGUAGAUUUAAAAAGUUUUUCAAGUUGGUUUUUUUUUCGUAAUCAGUGCCUCGACAAGUCGUCUUCCGGACAAGAUGUGGACCGUCAGCUACGUGUUGUACGCAAUAAUUGUCGGUUUGUUUGCGGUCAGUUAUCGCAAGUCCAAAGGAGUUUUCUUCCUCAAGGAUGUCAUAACGAAAUUGAAUGUGAUACUAAAAAGUAGGGAUAAGAAGAAAUUUAGCAAUUUAAAUAAUAACAACAAUGAAAGUGAUAAAACGAGCAUCGUUCGCUCGAGUAAAGACAUUCCUGGACCGUUGUCAGUGCCACUUUUUGGGACAAAAUGGAUCUAUUGGUGGCGUUAUAAGAUGACAAAAAUUCAUGAAACGUACAAAGAUUUUUACAAAAAAUACGGACCAAUAGUGGUUGAAAAGACAGGAAAUGGCUUCCCAAUUGUCAGUUUAUUCGAUCGUGAUGACAUUGAACGAGUUCUUCGGUAUCCCAGUAAAUAUCCUUUUAGACCUCCAACUGAAAUUAUUGGUUUUUACCGAAAAUCUCGACCGGAUCGAUAUGCAAGUGUUGGAAUGCCAAAUGCUCAAGGCGAGGAAUGGUAUCAUUUACGAUCGAAGCUCACAGGCGGAAUUACCAGUCGAAAAUUAUUGUGGUCAUUUUUGCCAACACUCAACGUUAUCUGUGAUGAUUUUAUAGACCUCAUUAAACAUAAAAGGGAUGAAAAUGGAGUCGUUCAUAAUUUUCAAGAUAUGGCGAAUUUGAUGGGAUUGGAGACUGUUUGUUGUUUGAUGCUUGGCAGACGUGUCGGAUAUUUAUCCAAAGACACAAUAAAUCCCCGAUUUAACGAAUUAGCAAGUGCCGUUAAGCGCCUUUUCAUCCUUCAACGUGAUGCCUACUUUGGAAAUGGCAUGUGGAAACAUUUCCCAACGAAGACCUACAAAGAUUUCGCUCAAACCGAGGACUUGAUUUACGACAUUGUAUCAGAAAUUGUCGAUGAAACGCUUCAAAAUGGCGACAUGGAGUGUCAAACUGAGGAUAUUCGAAGUGUUUACUUAAACAUUCUCAACUCAGACGUCGACAUCAGAGACAAAAAAGCAGGAAUAAUCGAUUUUAUUGCAGCUGGAAUCGAAACUCUCGCCCACACAUUGUCCUUCUUUUUCUACUUCAUCACGCAAGACCCGCAUGAUCAGGAACGCAUUUAUCACGAGUUCGCGCAUUGUCAUGGCGAAAUUACCGUUGAGAUGUUGUCGAAGGCGCAUUAUACGAAGGCCUGCAUUCAUGAAAAUUACAGAUUGUGUCCAACGGCAUUUUGUAUCGCGAGAAUUUUAGAAGAGGAUUAUACUUUGUCAGGAUAUCAUUUGAAAGCAGGGUCCUUUGUCCUUUGCCAAACAAUGGUCGCCUGCCAAGACGAGAAAAACUUCAAAGACGCCAAGAAAUUCCUGCCGCAACGAUGGCUCGACCCAAACCAAAACGAAUUUAGCAUCAAUGCCGGUGGCCCAGGCGCCUCCAUCGUCUUACCAUUCGGCAUCGGAAAACGCACUUGCCCCGGAAAAAAGUACAUCGAGAUGGAAUUGAGCUUGGUCGUGGCAAAACUACUGAAAGAAUUCAAAGUUGAGUUUAUCGGAGAACUGGAGACUGCAUUCGAGUUCCUUAUUGCGCCAAAAACCCCAGUGAAUGUCCGUUUUGUGGAUCGCACGCUUUGACGAUGGAUUUUUUUUUUCUUGUUUUUCUUUUUCAAAUAAAAUACUCACAAAAUGUUCAGCUAAAGUUGUAAACAAAACUU